AUGAGUGACCUAGAAGUUUCGAUUAAACAAGCUAAAGAAGCUUUGGAUGAAAAUAAUGCCAAAAAGGCACUCAAAAUAUUGAAACCGUUUAAAAGUUCAUUAAAAAAGGAAAAUGCAGACAAUGUGAUAUUGAACGAAGUGUUUGCAGAUGCCUAUCUGGACAAUGGUCAAGUAGAAAAAGCCUAUCCUAUUCUAGCGCGUGCUUGUGAACUAGAUCCUGAGGGACAAGUUGGCGGACCGAACAAAUUCUUCACUAUGGGCCAAAUUAUAGGUGGACAGGAUGGUGUGUCGAUAAUAACUCGUGGAAUUAUGAAUAUCUCCAAUAUAGGUGGUGAAAAUUUAACUAACGACCAAGUUGAGAAAAUUGUUGGUGGGCUGCUUUCUAUGAUUGAAAUUUGGAUGACUGAUUUAUGUAUGGAACCAAAUGCAGAAAAGCAGUGCGAGGAGUUAAUACAGAAAGCCAUGGAACUCACAGAAGGAAAAUCUCCUGAAACAUGGUCUACUUUGGGUUCUAUUAAAAUAUCCCAACAAAAAUUUGGUGAAGCCUAUGAAGCAUUCUCUCAAGCUUGGAAUUUCUUUGACUUGAAGAAGCAAGAAAUUGGUAACGAUAUAAAUGAUAACAGCGGCACGUCACAAAGAACUAGUUUGCAAUCAGAAUAUGUAGAUCUUUUGCAAUCUCUCUUAUCUUUAGCAAAGAUGUGCCUUGAAGUGGGCGCCUAUGAGGUCGCGUUGAAGGUUAUUGCUGCAGUAAGAGAUAUUGAUGAAGAUAACACAGAGGGGUAUUAUCUAGAAGGAUUUACUUACUACCUAAUGAGUAAGUUAGAAAUCUUCAAGCUGAACCAUCCUGAAGUAAAUUUGCAUCCUGAAAACAUAUACGAAUUUAAUCAGGUCAUUCAAGAAGUUCCAUUGGAUUUAUCCCAUGAACCAAUUGCCCAAUUUAUCUAUGAUUCCAGAUUAGCAUUAAGUUUCGCACUACAAACGGGUACCAAUGCUGAUAGCAAAGAUGAAAUUGUGCAAGAAUUAUUGGGUGGUGCAAACAUUCUACUCCAAGAAAUUGGUGGUCCGCUGGAUCCAAGCGAACUGUCACGGAUUAGGAAAGGAGAAAUAGUGAAUGAAAACGAGGAUUUUGAAGAAUUAGAUAUAGAGGACGAAUAUUCUGAUUAA